AGCCCAGCAAAUGCGCCUGCGCGCUCUAGGAACAGGCGGGGCGAUGCCCGUUUCGCGCCUGCGCACUUCGGCGACAGGUUGCUCGGGUGGUUGCCAUGGAGUCGGAAGGGGCCUACGAGCAGGGCUUCGUGGGGAUCCGCUUCUGCCAAGAAUGCAACAACAUGUUGUACCCCAAGGAAGACAAGGAGAACAGGAUCUUACUCUACGCGUGCCGGAACUGCGACUACCAGCAGGAGGCUGACAACAGCUGCAUCUACGUCAACAAGAUCACACAUGAAGUCGACGAAUUAACCCAGAUCAUUGCAGAUGUUUCUCAGGAUCCGACUCUGCCGCGAACAGAAGACCACCCCUGCCAGAAGUGCGGCCACAAGGAAGCCGUCUUUUUCCAGUCUCACAGUGCCAGGGCAGAGGAUGCCAUGCGGCUGUAUUACGUCUGCACAGCCCCACACUGUGGUCACCGUUGGACGGAGUGAAGCCCUUGGAGGCAUCGGAGCAGCCGCCGGUUCCCUUCAGCCAGGGCCCCGGUGCGGGUGCUGGAGAACUGCCUCUGUGCCGGGCGGGGCAUUGGCUGCCUCUCUGGGCUUAGCCCAAGCACAGCUGUGUGUGGAAGUUGUGUUUGGCUCUGUGAAUCAAUAAAAAGGCUCUGUUUUUUAAAAAA